UUAGGCCAUUAUAUAAGUUGCCUAAUUAAAAAACAAUGGUUACGUUGAGCUAAAGACAAACAGCAUAUUGUCAUCUUCCCAUUUACUCAUCCCCUGGGCCCAUCUCUUUCACAACACACAACACACGCACUCACUCUCUCUCUCUCUAUCUUCUCUGCAAUUCUGCAUCUCUGUUUUCCUGCAAAGUGCAAACCCCACCUUUUUUUACAGAUACAGAACCAAUUCUCCUCUCCUCGCUUCAAUUAUCGUUCACCAUUUGUGCAGUCUUUCAGUACUCAGACCCACUAUCAAACAGUUCAUGGGCAAAACAACAAGGUAAAAUUUUGACGGUAUGGACUUGGAUAGACCCCCCCAUCACAGAACUCCAAGCGCAAGUACUACUACUACUACCCCUACUGGUGAGCUCUUUGUUUGUUUCACAUCUCGUCUUUCUUCUUCCUCUUCAAUGAAGCUUUCCAAAUCUAUACUCAGUCCGGGUCGGGCUCGAGACCCCUCCGUUUCUCUCUCAACUUCCCUUAGCCGGAGGCUCCGCUCCAAUGGCAGCAUCAAGGCCGGUCAGGCUUCCCCCAUGUUCCCCAGUUCCGCCAAGAAGCGCGGCUCUGCUUUCGAGAAUCCGGAGCCGUCUUCCCCCAAGGUUACUUGCAUUGGGCAAGUCCGGGUGAAGACUAAGAAGAAGGUGAAGCACAGCAGAAGCUUGUCGACGCGAAGAAGUGGGGAUUUGAGUUUCAGGAAAGUAGAACAAGCGCAGGACGGGAUGAAUCUGAGCGAGGAAAGGGAUAGGCUGUGUCUCCAAAACCAGAGGAGUUCGAGCGUCCAUUAUCAGCAACAAGAAUGCGCGCCUCACAGGAACCAGAGGUGGGUUCAUUUGCCCUUGACCAUUUGCGAAGCUCUUAGGGCCGAAUUUAGCUGCUUGUUUCCUUGCCGGUCGUCGUGUUUUUCGACCAACGAGAGGGAAAAAGAGGAGAAAGGGAAUGGAUCUAAGGAUAACAGUCAUCACAAUGGGCAGCAGCAGCAGCAGGAACAGAGAUCUUGUGGCGCCGUGUUCGCUAGAUGGCUGGUGGCGGUGCAGGAUGGGGAAGGAGGAAAAGGGAGGGAGAUCGAACUGGUGGUGGCAGGCGGAGACGAUGAGGAGAGAAUAACUGCAGGCAGACCCAGUACUACUAUGAGGAGUUCAAGAUCAAGAAGGCAUGUAUUCGAAGAUAUUGACUUCAAAGACGAAAGCUUUGUAACACAGAAAGGUGAUCGUGAAGAAGAAAAAGAAGAGGAAGAGAAGGCAAGAGUGAGUAUUUGCAUUCCACCCAAGAACGCUUUGCUUUUGAUGAGGUGUCGAUCUGAUCCUAUGAAAAUGGCCGCUCUCACUAAUCGGUUUUGGGAAACACCUGGUGCUACAAAAAACGAGGACAGUGAUGGCCACGGAGGUGAAGCCGUAGAGAAACAAGAAGUAGAAAUACAAAAAGGUGAAUCUAAAUGCGAAGUAGUAAUGGAGAAAGAGUGUGAAGAAGAAGUGGCUGAACAGAAUAUGGUUUCUUCAGUUAACCUUGAAGAGGACUCAGAAGAAGAAACAACCAUGGAAAUGGAAGUUGUGAGUAUUGAGGAAGAAGAAGCUGAAUUAAAGCCAGAAGAAGAAGAGGCGAAGGAGUUGGAGGUAGAGAAUCAACAAGAAGAUUCAGAUUUGGUCUCAGCUGAUUCUCAGAUAGAUCAACAAAAUACAGAAAAUGUGGAACCAGAUAACCCGAUUUCAGAACAAGAUUCAGGAGAGGAAGAAGGAAGUAUAACACCCCUCUCAACAUCUUCUUCACCAAUAAACUCCCCCGAACAAGCAAGUUGUGAAACAGAGGAAAAGAUAGCACCACUGCCCUUAGAAGCUUCAGUCCAAGAAGAAUAUGCAGAAAUUGAUGAAUCCGAAGAGGAAGAAGAAGAGGAGGAUGAGUUAGAGGAAGAAGGAGAAGAAGAAGAAGAAGAAUCAGAUACAGAGAUUGAGUACACAACAUUGAAGGAAGAACUGGAAAAAGAAGAGGCAAGUGAGGAUGAUGAAAGUGUGAAAAAAGUGUCGAAGAAAGAUAUAUUGCCAGAGUGUUUGCUGUUAAUGAUGUGUGAACCCAAGCUAUCCAUGGAGGUAUCAAAGGAAACAUGGGUGUGCAGUACGGAUUUCAUCAGAUGGCUACCGGAGAGGCAACAAGUCAAAGUAAGCAAAACUGAAGCCUCUGAUAACUCCAAGAAAAGACUCUCUACGGAUACCAAAAAAUCAUCAGGUACUAAUCCUACGCGUCCUGCGCCGCCGCCGGACAACAAGAACCACCACCUACUUCAGCCGCCGCGGUCGUCGUGCUCACUGCCGCCUCGGUCGUCCUGCUCGCUGCCGGCGGCUGCAGUUUCCGGCGUGUCCAUGGCGAGUAUGAUAGAGCAGAAGCUGGUGAACGCGGUGGGAUACGAGCCGUUUGUGCUAACCAGGUGUAAGUCGGAGCCGAUGAGAACGGCGGCUAAGCUAGCGGCGGCGGAGCCUUGUUUCUGGAAAAACAGGAAGCUGGAGCCGCAUCGUCGCGCCACAUUCGGGUUCGGCGCCGCUGGUGUCGGGUUCUGACCCAUCUGAGCUGUCAAACUCAAAAUGAAGAGCACCUUUACGCUGUGGUUUGUCGUACUGGUAAUCUGUAGUCUUCUGUAGCGAUUGGCCAUUUAAGCCCCCGUUUGUAAAUUUUCCUUUUUAUUAUUUUUUCACCGAAUUGUGAGCAUUAAUAGUAAAUUUUCUUGAAACUUUUCUCAA